AUGGCAGUUUCUCACGAAGUCGUGACCGACUCAACGCUGGAAAAAGGGCACAAUCCCGAAGAAACCAGCGACUCAUUGGCAAACGAUACAACCCAGAAGGCUCGCGAGCCAGAACCCCCCGAGGGCGGCCGGAAGGCAUGGCUCAGUCUCGUCGGAUCGUCGCUCGCCAUGUUCGUGUCCUUUGGCUGGGUGAACUGCAUUGCGCUCUUCCAGGCCGAGUACGAGACCAACCAACUCAAGCAAUACAACCAGUCGACGGUCUCCUGGAUCACGUCGACGGAGUUUUUCUUCAUGUUGUUCAUAUCUCCCCUGGCUGGCAGGCUGUUUGAUAACUACGGCCCUCGGCUGCCCGUCGCCAUUGGGACGUUUCUGCACGUAUUCGGCCUUCUGAUGACCAGCCUCUCCAAGCAGUACUAUCAGUUUGCACUGAGCCAGUCGGUCUGCUCUGGUAUUGGCGCUUCCCUUGUUUUUACCCCCAGUAUGACUGCACCCAUGACAUUUUUCCGCAGGAAGCGUGCUCUCGCCGGCGGCUUAACAAUUGCCGGCUCAUCCCUCGGCGGCGUCAUCUUCCCCCUGAUGGUUGUCCGCCUGAUUCCCAAGAUCGGCUUCCCAUGGACGAUGCGUGUCUGUGCUUUUAUGAUCUUCGGCCUGCUGCUCAUCACCAACGUAACCAUCUCCUCCAAUCUGGACCACCACCCAAGACCGUUUAAGAUCGCGCAGUAUCUUGGCCCAUUACAGGAAACCAACUAUGUCCUCAUGUGCUUUUGCAGUUUCUUCUUCUACUCCGGCAUCCACUACGGCAUGUCUACAAGCAUGGCCUUUAAUAUGAUUCCUAUUCUGAACGGGGCAAGCUUCUUCGGACGAACAGUCCCCAACAUCGUGGCCGACAGAUUCGGCCGCUUCAACGUCAUGAUCAUCAUGCUGCUCUUCAGUAUGAUCCUUGUUUUCGCGCUCUGGCUGCCGGGUCGCAGUGCGGCGACCAUGAUUGUCUUUGCUGCUUUGUUUGGCGUCGGCUCCGGCGCGGGUAUUGGUCUCGGCCCGGUGCUCAUCAUGGGGAUAUCUCCGAUGAAAGAAGUUGGCUAUCGGAUGGGCACAAUCUUCUCCAUUGCAGGCAUUGGCGCUUUGACGAGCCCGCCGAUUGGAGGCGCCAUCGUUGGAAGGACAAAGAAUGGUGACUUUGACUACGCGUGCGUGUUCAGUGGCGUGAGCUACUUCUUCGCGUUGGUUUUCAUUGUCAUUCUUCGCGCAAGACUUGUGGGAUGGAAGGUGAUGGCGAAGGGCUAG